GCGCAUCCGCCUCCCACGCAGGGCUGGCUUGCGCAGUGGUCGCCGCGGCCGCCGCCGUCGGGGGCAAGCGCCGCGGCGAGGCCGCGGCUCGGCGCGCGACCGCGGCCAAGAAGAAGGGCGUGCGCGUGGUGGAGGGCAAGGAGAUCCCGUGGAACCUCUUCGCGCCCAAGGCCCCCUACAAGGCGACCUGCAUCUCCAACGAGACCAUCAGCGAGAAGACAAAGCUCGUGAACUGGGAGACGACCCACGUCAUCAUCGACCACAAGGGCCAGUAUCCGUACUUGGAGGGGCAGUCCGCCGGGGUCAUCGCCCCCGGGCCGGACAAGAAGGGCGAGAAGCCCGCCAAGGCCUCCUCCGGCUGCGGCCCGCCACGCGUGGCCCCGGGACCAUGCGCGAAGUUUCAGGGCUCUUGCGGCAUGAUGGUCGUCGGGCUCGUGAUGUUCCCUCUUUCCCUGUACAUGGUCGGCUGGAACGAGAACAACUAUAUCUGUGAGCAGAAGCGCAUAAUAUUCGCCUCGGUCAACGCCGAGGAGAAGGGGUGCGACAGCAGUGGCGUGAGCAACGAGUUCGUUUAUUUUUCCUGCUCUUUGGACACUCAGUCCUUUCGGGACUUUACAGCGGCGGACUUCCUCGAUGCAGACGACGCAUUCUAUCGAACGAACGCGCGCGAUCUUGAGAACGUGAAAUUCAGCUCUGCUUCAGCACGGAUGACGGUAGAGCUCUCGCAGUGCAAGGAAGCUUGCGAGGAAACCAAAGUGAAACAUAAUGGCCGUAACACAGUGGAGACAUCAUGUACGUACAGUAUGGUGUGGUCAGACAAGGAGCUGCCGACCAUCCCAUACACUGACAGAGCCAGGAGGUCCUGCCCAGGCGUCGAGUUCCAGGGGCCCGGGCGCAGGCUACUGAGGGCCGCCACUGCAGAGAAGCUGGGAUCGCACACGCAGUACGCCUCGGACGUCAGAACCGCGGUGAGUGGAAAGGGAGCCAAGCCUUUCGUCCUGAACAGCGACCUCGUGGUGCAGCUGUCUCCGAAUCAGGAUGCGCUUCAAGAGAUUGUCGUGCCGACCGAUGCCCACUUCGCUGCUUUUGGCCUUGCCAUGGACUCUGGACUCUGGAGCGGGCACCACGGCAGGCUCCGCUUCCAGAAGAAUGGCGCCAAGGCCGUGUCGGUGUUCACCCACGUUGCGGGGGAGGGAGUGACGAAGACGCAGAGCAUGCCCUCCUCCUGGGGCUGCCCAGGAAAGCCCUGGCAGGCGCUGGUGGAGGGCACCUUUUCGAAGGAGCACGCCGUAGAUAACCUGCACGCGGCCAACGCCGCCAUGGUGAUCAUCCUGCGAAUUGUGCUGUGUGCGCUGGCGUGGCUGAGCGUCUUCUGCAUACUGUCGCCCAUCUCCGCCAUCGCCGAAGCUUUCGGGGGCCUCGCGAACAUGAUACCCUGCGUCGGAGGCUACCUGGAGGAUUUCAUCGAGGGGGUGGUGGACACCGUGCUGUGCGUCAUCUCGUGCAGCGUCGGCCUCUCCUGCUCGCUCUUCGUCAUGGCGGUGGUCUGGCUCUUCAUGCGGCCCGUCUACGGCGCUGGCAUGCUGCUCGCCUGCGUCGCGCUCUGCGCCUGCGCCUGCGCCGUGCGCCAGCAGGCUGGCGCGCCCAAGAAGAGGCGGGCGCGCGAGGUUGCUGGCGGGCCCGCGAUGGAGAUGCAGAACUCCGUGUCGUCCGUCGGUCAAGGCUUCGCGAUGCAGGCGCAGGCGAUGGCGCAGCCGAUGGUGGGGCAGCCUGCCCCCUCCGGGCCACCUCUGGCGCCGAUGACGGCCCAGCCCUUCGCGCAGCCGAUGAUGGGCCAGCCCAACCCCUACGCGCAGCCCGUGGCCGUCGCCGCCCAGCCCGUCGUCGCGCAAGCCGUCGCGGUGCCCCAGCCGAGCCUGAUGCAGAUCACGUGCCCCGCAGGCAUGGGGCCCGGCUCCGCGCUCCUCGUGCAGGCCCCAGACGGGCGGCAGCUUCAGGUGAUCGUCCCGGCCGGCGUGGGCCCUGGGAUGCAGUUCCAAGCUCAGGUGUAG